CCGGUGUUAGUAGUGUUAGCUUUAGUUUUUCGGCAGUGUGUGUGAGUGAGUGUGUGUGAAUGAGUGUGUACCCACUCCUGUAGUGUUUAUAGUGUGUGUGUGUGUGAGGGUGUGUGUGUGUGAGUGUGUGUCUCCCAGCGGAGCGGCUCCAGCAGAGAUGUUACCGCUAUCGAUUAAAGACGAUGAGUACAAACCUGCCAAAUUCAACCUACUCGUCAAACUGUCCGGAUGGUUCCGCUCCAUUCUCGCCGACAAAACCUCUCGGAAUUUAUUUUUCUUCCUGUGUCUGAACCUGUCCUUCGCCUUUGUGGAGCUCACUUAUGGAAUAUGGAGUAACAGUUUAGGGCUGAUAUCAGAUUCUUUUCACAUGUUCUUCGACUGCACGGCACUUUUGGCAGGCCUUGCAGCAUCAGUCAUCUCCAGAUGGAGGUCUAAUGACUCCUUCUCAUACGGCUACGUCCGAGCAGAAGUGCUUGCCGGCUUUGUGAACGGCCUCUUUCUCAUCUUCACCGCCUUCUUUAUCUUCUCAGAGGGAGUGGAGAGGGCAUUAGAACCACCUGAUGUGCAUCAUGAGCGGUUGCUGCCUGUGUCUAUAGCAGGGCUGCUCGUCAACCUCGUAGGCAUCUUUGUAUUCCAGCACGGAGGGCACGGACACUCUCACGGUGGAGAAGGUCAUGGGCACAGCCAUUCUCUGUUCAACGGCAGCGCAGGCCACGGGCACAGUCAUGGAGGCCAUGGGCACAGCCACGAGACCAAACACGGACACGGACAUGACCACGACCACGGGCACGGGCACAGCCACGAUCACGGACAUGGACACGGAGGACAUGGACAUUCCCAUGAGGAGCCACAUUGCCAUGAUGAUCAAUUACAUACACCAGGCAAAGGCGCCAGCAAACAGAUAUUGCAAGGAGUUUUUCUGCACAUUGUUGCUGAUACGUUAGGCAGCAUAGGAGUCAUCAUAUCAGCUUUCCUGAUGCAGAGAUAUGACCUGAUGAUCGCCGAUCCUAUCUGCUCAAUGCUCAUCGCUCUUCUCAUUGGAGUCAGUGUGGUUCCUCUGCUCAGGGAGUCUAUAGGGAUCCUCAUGCAGCGCACUCCUCCUUCCCUGGACCACGCUCUUCCUGAGUGUUACCAGAGGGUGCAGCAGCUGCAGGGUGUGUACAACCUACAGGAGCCACAUUUCUGGACCUUGUGCACGGACGUUUACAUCGGUACCCUCAAACUCCUGGUUGCUCCAGACGCAGAUUCCCGAUGGAUCCUCAGUCAGACGCACAACAUUUUCACACAGGCGGGAGUACGGCAGCUGUACGUUCAGAUUGACGUGGCGGCCAUGUAGGAAUCGGUGGAACGUGGGUGUCCUGGGACCAAAGCCCUCUGUGCUGCUAUUGGGGAAGCUCACCGCCAAAACCCGCCCCAAAAAUCUCACUCUCACUCUCUCUGCGGGUGUCUGUUGCUUCACCACCACCCCCCUCGGACCAAGCUGGAGCGGCUGCAGUACAGUACACUGACUUUAAACCAGGAAAACAGCAGCAAAAAAAAAAAAAAAAGUUGCCAACCACACCACACCAAAAUGUGACGGAUCCAAUGGAAGCAACAUCUUAUGUUAUGAGCAUUGCCAACUCUGGGGCCCUUGGGUUUUCCUUUUUUUUUUUUUUUUGUUCUGUAUUUGGUGUGGCCCUCUCUCUCUCUUUAUCUUUCUAUGAUCUUUUUUUUCUUUCUGAUAUGAACCUGUAUGUUUUCAUGGACAUAUAUAUGAAAAAAAAAAAGAAGCCUGCAUCAGUAUGUGCUCAUCAGUACUCUCUCUAUUUUUGUAUGUGGUCUGACCUCUCGCUGCUGCAGUAGCCAGCAGGUGCGGACUUCACUCGCUUAUAUGCAGUCAUGCACUUCAACUCGGCUCUCAUCCUGGAACCAAGUGCCUUUUUUAUGGUGGAUCUCAAACACUCUCCAAAAAAAAAAAAAAAACAACAA